AUGUUGCCGGCGAACACGUCUGGUAAACGUCGGAGAAUAGUUAGCUCUUAUGAAACAGGUGAAACUUCUAGCGCACCUCCUCGCCGUAGGAUGUCCCAAAGGCUGCGUUCAAUCACUUCUCAAACUACAGAGUCAUCCAGAUCAAUGCAGAGGCCGCUCCCUUCUUAUUCAGAUUGUGGAGAUUGCACAUAUAUUUGUGAACAUUGUAGCGCUUUAUUUUGGUUUGGCGAGAGGGUUUUACACGCUGCACAUGUUCGCCAUCCUCGCUACAAUCAGUGUUGUAAAUCAGGCGCUGUCAGGUUAACUUUUCCUCUUCAACCACCACCUGUUAUUAAGCAACUUUUCCGAGAUCCUCAGUUCCUGGAAAAUAUUAGAGCAUAUAACAAUAUGUUUUCCAUGACUUCAUUUGGGGCAAACGUCGAUGACACCAUUAAUGAUGGUCGUGGUCCUUACGUUUUUAAAAUCUCUGGCCAAGUUUCACAUUGGAUCGGAUCUUUAUGCCCUCCACCUAAUGAGAAACCCCGUUUUUCGCAAAUGUAUAUAUAUGAUACAGAGAAUGAGAUUUCAAACAGGCUUCGCUUUUUCAAUAACUCGGAUCAACACAACCUAUUUCAUAUUGUUGUCGCCACUCUCAGCCAUACAUUAAAUGCUCACAAUAAGUAUGUUCGCCUCUUUAAAACCGCUAGCGAGAUUUGCAGCACCGCAGAAGACAAUUGUUAUUCCAUACGUCUUUACAAUAAUGUACCUGAUAGAAGAUAUGGUGCCCCAUCUCCAGACACGUUAGGUGGAAUCGUAUGCGGUGAUGACUUCAAUGCUAGCGACUACGACAUCAUCAUUCACUCAAAAGGCGGAAUACCUCAAAGAGUUAGUAAGCUCCAUCCAUCUUAUAUGGCAUUACAAUAUCCACUUCUAUUUCCUUUGGGGGAAGAAGGUGUUUAUUCUCUGCUCUUGAAUGGUGGGCGACUUUUUCAACAGUAUUUAGUGGACGCUUAUACGUGUAUAGAACAGAACCGACUCGCUUACUAUAAUGCAAAUCAAGAUCUAUUUCGUUCAGAAUAUAUCGCUGGUAUGUAUGACGCCCUCUCACGAGGUGAUACAGAAUGUCGUGAUAUAGGAAAGCGGAUCUUUUUGCCAUCUUCAUUUACUGGUGGGCCACGUUACAUGUAUAAGCAUUAUCAAGACGCGUUAGCAAUUUGUAGGGUCCAUGGCAAUCCGCAAUACUUCAUCACAUUCACCUGCAAUGUCAAGUGGCCUGAAAUUAUGAGAUAUAUGCAUCGCAUUGGCUGCCUAUCUUCACAAAACCGUCCAGACGUCAUAGCUCGGGUGUUCCAAAUGAAAGUUAAAGAAUUUAUAAAAUUUAUAAAAGAAGACCAAACAUUUGGAGAAGUGACAGCAUACUUAUAUACUAUUGAGUUUCAAAAGAGGGGAUUACCACACUGUCACACUUUAGUGUGGGUUACGGAAACCAAUAAAAUACGGGACGCUUCUGCUGUAGAUAAUUACAUUACUGAUGAAUUCCCAGAUCCAUAUUCUGAGCCUCUUUUGUAUCAGACUAUUACUGAAUGCAUGAUUCAUGGCCCCUGCGGUUUGCUCAAUCCUAAUGCUCCUUGUAUGCAUGAAGGCAAAUGUUCAAAGCAUUUUCCAAAGUUGUUUGAGGCUGCUACACAGUUUGACAAGGAUGGCUAUGUUCAUUACAAAAGACGUGCUUGUAACUUUCAUGUUUCAAGAAACGGCCUCCAUAUUGACUGCGGUUACGGUGUCCCGUAUAAUAAACGUCUAUGUAGCCGCAUCAACGCACACAUUAAUGUUGAAUAUUGUGGUUGGAACAUGAUGAUUAAGUACCUCUUUAAAUACAUCUCCAAGGGAGUUGAUCGUGUUAGAUUUGCAGUUCGUAGGUCUGAAAGUUAUUCACCAUCUAUAUCGUCCGAUGCACCUCCUAUAAUUGAUGAAAUUCAAAAUUUUCUAGAUGGCCGGUUUAUUUGCCCACAUGAGGCCUCAUGGAGAAUUCUGGAUUUCUCACUUCAUGAACGUAGUCCUUCGGUCCAAGUCUUAGCUGUUCACUUAGAGAAUAUGCAAAAUGUUACUUUCAGAGAGAGAAGCAGAUUGCAAUCUGUCAUCAGUAAUCCGUCUUUUGGAAAAACAACUUUAACUGAAUGGUUUUCUAAUAACGAUAAGGAGUCUGAGUCUGAUGGAUUUGACCUUACCUAUAACGAUUAUCCAUCUAGAUACCGAUGGGAGUUAUCCGCAAAAGUAUGGAUUCGCAGAGUCCAAGCAAGACCUACAGCAAUUGGAUACCUUGUGUACGUACAUCCCACAGCUGGUGAACUUUUCUAUUUGCGUCUGCUACUUUGUCAUCAAAAGGGUUGCAAGGCCUACUCCGAUGUGCGCACCGUGUCUGGUGUUACAUACACAACUUUCCGAGGUGCAUGUGAGGCGUUGGGUUUACUAGGUGACGACAGAGAGUGGGUUGCAGCGUUCACUGAAGCGUCUACAUGGGCCACAUCUUCAGAGCUGAGGUCUCUUUUCUGCCAUCUACUCCUAUUUUGUGAGGUCGGUAACCCUUUAGCUUUUUGGGAAUCAGAGUGGAAAAAGAUGGCUGAUGAUAUGUUCCUCACUCUUAACUCUACUUUGUCAAAUCCGACUUCACAUGUGAAUGAUUUUGAUCUACAACAACAGCUCCUGUUAGAGCUUGAAAAAAUAUUGAAUUCCGCUACUCCUUCUAAAUCACAUCAAGAUUUUGGCCUUCCUUUACCCUCCGAGAGUGUUCUUGCAACUUUGAGAAAUCGCCUUUUGUUAGAGGAAGUAAGUUAUGAUAGAACAACACUGAGUCUAAAACAUUUGCAAAUGCAUGCGCAACUCAAUGUGGACCAACUUCAAGUCUACAAUGCAGUUAGAGAUUCAUAUGUUAAUAAGACUCAGUUGUUACUGUUUGUUUACGGGCACGGUGGCACCGGAAAAACCUUCUUGUGGAAUACAAUCAUUUCUUUUUUCAGAUCCAUUGGGAAAGUCGUGUUAGCAGUUGCUGCAUCAGGAAUUGCCUCUCUUCUUUUACCUUCAGGUAGGACAGCUCAUUCUCGAUUCAAAAUACCUAUAGAACUUACUGAACAAUCAACCUGUUAUAUCAAGAAAAAUACACAACUUGCCGACCUUUUAAAACAGACAUCAAUAGUAAUUUGGGAUGAAGCCCCUAUGAGCGACCGACGUUGUUUCGAAUGUCUCGAUAGAUCAUUGAAAGAUGUCUUAGGAAACGAUACAGACCUUUUUGGCGGUAUGUCUAUACUUCUUGGAGGGGAUUUUCGUCAAACUCUCCCGGUUAAACCGAAAAGUUCACGAUCUGAGAUUCUCAAUUCAACGUUACCAAGAUCUUAUCUAUGGUUGUCUUUUAGAGUAUACACGCUAACCGAGAACAUGCAUAUUGGAAACGGUCUCAUAGGCGAACCCGAUGCAGAUGAUCCCCAUAAUGCAAAAACCAUUGAAAUCCCACCCGACUUUCUGAUUCAAGAAGAGGCAAACAGUCUUCAAUCUUUAAUUAACUUUGUCUACCAAGAUUCAAUACUCAGAAAUCCAUGUGCCGAAAAUUUGUCAUGUAGAGCAAUCGUGUGUCCAAAAAACGAUACAGCUGACGAAAUCAAUAAGAUUAUUUUGAAUAUGACUCCUGGAGAAAUAAAAUGCUAUAUAAGUCAUGACUCUAUGGUACCUCACAUGCAAAACUCGGCUGAUUCUGAAACUUUAUAUCCACAGGAAUAUCUAAAUCAGUUAAGUUUUCCUGGCAUCCCUCCUCAUAAAUUAGAUUUAAAAGUUAAUACUCCUAUGAACAUCAUAUUCAUGACCAUUACACGUUUGGUUUUUGUUGGGAUUUUCUUCCAACCAGGACACAAAGAAGCAACGAAUACCCAAUCUGUUGGCUGCUGA